CCGUUGGUGUCGUCGUCAGUCUGUCUUCGAGGUGUUUUCCCCUUCUAAAUUUAUUUGUGUAAAGCCAUUGUCAAGAUGCAGAACGACGAGGGACAAAACAUGGACCUUUACAUCCCUAGGAAGUGCUCUGCCACUAACAGGCUGAUAACUUCCAAGGAUCAUGCAUCUGUCCAGCUCAAUGUUGGCCAUUUGGAUGAGUCUGGCCGAUACACUGGCCAGUUCACCACUUAUGCUCUCUGUGGAUUUAUUCGCGCCCAGGGAGACGCCGAUAGUGCUCUUGAUAGGCUCUGGCAGAAGAAAAAGGCUGAAGUUGGACAACAAUGAGAGUUUUCUAUUUGCUGUUACCAUUCUUGAAAAAUGAGAGUUUUCUAUUUAGUAUUGUAUUACCAGCAGUUCUUUGUUGGUGUUAGUGGCUGUUCUGUUUUAUGUUUAAAGUUCAUAUCAGACAAAUGGAACUUGCUUGUUACUAUUUUAGUGCAUUAACUUGAUUUUCUACCGUUAAA